GAUAGACCCCUGGAGUGUGGUGUAGCUAACUAUUAUGAGUGCCCCUGCUUGUUCGAAAAUUCAUAUUCAGGAGAGAGAAGAAGGGUCAGAGGACUAGUUCAUUCUUACAGAGAUCAGGUGAAGAGUAUCUCCAGAAUGCCCAAGUUUAACAAUGACCUGUUUACCGUGGAGUACGUUCCAGCUGUACAGGGUCGAUUACCACCUAGAAUGGAAAGUGGACGCUUAACUUUAGAUCUUGGUUUGCUUGCUCCAGACUGCUUUCAUUUCAUGUCUAAUCUUCAUGGAAUAGUUGCUAGAAACCUGUGGAAUAACCUAAUGGAACCCUCUUGGAACAAAUCUGUGAAUUAUCACAUAAAAUCUAAAUUAGUUUGUCCGAGCCCAUCCAGACCUUUCAUUGCAACCAAACUCAACAGUUGAAUUAUUGAACCUGCAAAAUUGUUAUCUAUGAUAAUUUAGUAUUUGUAAAUGUCAAAAUAAUUUGUAAAAGUAAUUUUAAUUUAAGGAGCAAAAAAAUAUUUUCUUUAAAAUAAUGAUCCUAGGCUCCAAGCUAGUCAUCUUUUUUAAAUUAACUAAUUCAUUUCUCACAAUUUUUCUUGUCGUUUUAAGAAUAAUGUUGCAACCUGCUCAAUUAAGUGUCUUAACCUUUGUAAAGUUGAAUGAACGUCGUCUUUAUAAAGUCUUGAAGAUGGGAAAUUUGCAUUAAAAGAUUUUCUAAUUUGCAACUGUUAAACAUCAAAAUAAAUUGAUAAUAUCCGUCUCAAAUAAAAAAAUCUUAAGCUAGCUUUUUUCCAAUAAAAACUUUAAUAUUCAUUUCGCCAAACGCUAUUUCUGAUUUUUUUCUGGUCAAACAAGACGGGUUAAAUCCAGUGUUCAAAUGUAAAUUAUUAAUUAUGUAUAUUUUAUUGCUAGAUGUUAAAUAACAGAGAAAUACAUUUAUUUUUGCAGCGA